AUGGGAAAUCAACAGUCUGAGUCCGCGGGUAGUCCUCGCGAAUCGGACUCAGAGUCUGCGUCAGAUGCAAGUGGAGAUGACUAUCUAUGGAAACACAUUCUAAGAGGAAACUAUACAAAAGUUAAACGGUUUUUCAAAAGUGGAUGUAAGGUCGAUUGGGAGAGUUUUCUGAGACGGGGCAAUUCGACAUCGUACGAGGACGGUGUGUUUGGCAUUCACAGCUCGUCAAGACUACCGCUCCAGGCGUUGCUGAAACGAUGCAGAACUGGACGAAACAUGACAAAAUGUAAGAAAUUCAUAAAGCUGCUGCUCGAGAAUGGCCUAGACCCUAAUUUAAUCGAUAACGAGGGAAAGACAGCCUUAAAUCAUUUAAUUACGAAUGUGAAUUAUUUUCGACUUUAUGUGCGCUGCUAUCGGCAAGUCAGAAAACUUAGCAAAGUGUCGUGUGAAGUGUUAGCCAUGCUUGGCGAGCACGGGGCCAGUAUGAUAUCGGGCCAGGAAUAUGACAGCCUAGACAGAUCACCGCUCCACUAUGCCGCUAUGUACAAUUUCACCGAUAGCACACAGGUAUUCGCCAAACACGGAAGCGAUCUGGAGUUGAACGACGCCCAGGGGAAGACACCUCUACAUAUUGCUGCGGAAAAUUGUUCGUUUUCAGUACUGCGCGAUUUAAUACGCUGUGGGUGCGACAUGGUGACAAAGACAAACGACGACGAAACUGUACUGCAUCUUAUAAUUAAGGGAGCAACUACCGAGAUAAACUGCGCACUCGUGUUCAUCGAGUAUUUUGUACGAAGUGGAGUUGAUGUCAACGCUCGGGAUGUUCGCGGUAAUACCGCACUGCAUUUAGCAGCACGAAUCGGCACAGACGACAAAAUAAUCGCGCAGCUUGUGCGUAACGGUGCCGACGUUGACGCGGUGAACAACAAAGGCCGGUCGCCCCUGUUUGAAUAUCUAAACGGCACGGACCUUCUAAGCUAUCCCCAGGUAGAAGUUACCAGCGACCAGAGAUUACCCGUAGAAUAUAUGAUGGGUUUCGCAUGUCUUUUGAACAAUAUGACGGACUUUCAACAUAUCGUUUGCGACCGGGAUGGUAGAACACCUAUCACCCUACAGGACCCUCGCGCAGAAGACUUACUGACGCGGUUGUUGGAUAAAAGUCUACGACCUACAACCCUGCAACAUUUGUGCCGACAAGCUAUAAGAAACUCCAUUGGCAUAAAUAAAUUAAUCGAAACAAAACAUCUGAAGACUCUUGGUCUGCCUGGAACUUUGGAAAAUUACGUUUGUAGCGUUGAUUACGUGGACACUUUACUGGGAUAA